AUGGCGUCGGAAUAUAAGGAUUCCUCUGGUAGAAUUAGGUGUCCAUGUGUUAGAUGCAUAAACAAUAGGCUUGAAACUUUACCUAUGGUGAAAGCACACGUAUUCGAUUGGGGUUUUCAUCAAGGUUACGAAAAGUGGAUAUAUCACGGUGAAGCAGAAGCAGAUGUUGCCAAUGUGGUGGACGCCAACGAUGAUGAUGUUGAUGAGAUGAUUCCGAUGGUCGAAGACUUCCUUCUACCUACAACCGAAGAAGUUGAAAAUAAUCCUGCGGCGGGACAAUUUUAUGACGAUCUGUUUGUCGAGAUAGAGGCUGAGUUAUAUCCUGGUUGUAAUUGGAUAUCUUCUCUUAACUUUUUAGCAAAAUUAUUGCAUUUGAAAGUUAGAGGCAAGAUUCCGAAUAAAAUCUUCGAUGAAUUACUGAAAUUACUAAAGCUUGCAUUUCCGAAGGGAAAUAAAAUUCCAUCAACCUACUACGAGGCUAAAAAAAGAUUACAGAAAUUAGGGUUAGGGUACGAGUCAAUUCAUGUAUGUGAACAUGACUGUUGUUUGUUUUACAAAGAGCAUUCAACUAAAGAGACUUGUCCAAUUUGUGGAAGUAGUAGAUGGAUUUCUCCUGAAAAGACGGAUGGAAAAAAGUUCAAGACUUACAGCGAAGCAAAUGUUAUGGCACUAUACUGGGAAAUCAAAAGACGAUGGGAUAAUGAGCACCCAGUGGAUGGGUUAGCGUGGAAGGAUUUCGAUGCCAAACAUCCUGAUUUUGCUAGUGAACCUCGGAAUGUUCGUUUAGGUUUAGCUGCAGAUGGUUUCAAUCCGUUUGGCAACAUGAGUCAAGCAUAUAGUAUGUGGCAUGUGGUGUUGGCUAACUACAAUCUUCCACCUUGGAUGUGUAUGAAAUAUAAUAAUUUCAUAUUAUCCAUUCUUAUUCCUGGACCAAAAUCACCGGGAAAGGACAUGGAUAUAUUCUUGAGACCAUUGGUGGAUGAGUUAAAGGAGUUGUGGGUUAAUGGUGUCGAUACAAGAGAUAGUAUAACCAACACUAUGUUCAAGUUGCGUGCAACCUUAUUGUGGACAGUUAACGAUUUUCCUGCUCGUAGCUAUUUAUCUGGAUGGAGUGGUCAGGGAUACAAAGCUUGUCCGACGUGUAAUGAAGACACAACUUCUGUUCGAGUAAUCGGUAAGACAUCCUACAUUGGUCACAGAAGAUUCCUUCCAAGUAACCGUCGAAUGAGAAGAGACACUCAGUUUGACGGACAAAUGGAGAGAAGACGUCCACCAAGACGUUUUACUUGUGCGAAAUAUUAG